AUGGCAUUACUCCUGUUCUCACCUAACAGUGACUGGAAGCAGAGCUCCCUCACAGAGCUAGCCCUGCAUUUAGGCAGCGAGCCCCCUCUCCAGAGACAUCCAAGCAGCCUGAGGCAAGCUGCUGCUUCGGCUGGGUUACCUACUAAUACCUAUUUUUGUAAUGAGAGGUUCGCAGUGAUACCCCCGGAUUACCACCCUGGGACCACAGGUGACCUAGGCCACAGAGCAAGAACGAUCGCUCCCGAAAGCCUCGCUCUGCAGCCUGGCAGCCUGCAGCAGCGAUGCGAGAGCAAUCUUCUUAGUACCAUCCUUGUAAAGACUUCACGCUGGGGAAGCGUGGGAAUGCAACCAGAGCAUAUGGCUCGGCGUGAAGUUGGAAGGUGUCUGGGAGAUCCUGGCCGGCGAGAGAUGGCGUAUUUGUUGGGUAGUGGUAAUGAACGUGUCGUUGCUUUGAUCUGGUCUUCUUUUCUUUUUUUCCCAAAUUCUCUUCACUUCAACACUGGUCCACCCUGUUCUCGAUCGGCUAUAGCCGUGCAGAAGGAACUCAUUCAGCUCCUUUUGCGCGUGCGAAAGUUACCUGCCUCAGACCGAGCUACGCAGCAGGCAGUUUUCUGGGAGUACCCAGCUUCAGUGGUAAAGGAAAGCUGUAUUGGAUUUAUUGGAGUAAAGGGACCAGAAACUGAGGAGGAGAAGGGGAAGAACCUGAAAUCGGUGGUUUGGAGAGCUCCCUCAGCAAGAAUUGGUAUAAAUGACUUGGAUCGGGGAAUAUCUGUUCCUCUGCUGAAACAGGAAGGCAAGAGAAGGGAUGUAUUGGAGCAGGAUGAAACAGGAGGCAGUAUAAAGCUGCUAAUGAGCUCGAUGAGGAAAGCUGCUCUCGAUCCAACAGCAGGAGCAACGAAGCAUCACUUGAGGGUGAAGUGGAACGUGUGCGCCCUGGUACGCUUUUUCUGCUGCCUGCUGUUUUUCAGGAUUAGCACGUGUGCAGUGAGCCGCAUCAGGGAGCAGAUCCAGCAGAGAGCUAACGUAUUUGAUGCUGGUGACUACUUCGGGAUAAUGCAAGUGGAAGAGGUGGAGGAGGAGGAGGAAGCUGAUGAAGAAAUGGAAGAACAAUUGAAAAAGAAACCAAAUCCUGGAAAUGAGCCUUGUUUCAAAGUUAUCGUAACAAAUGAGAAUGGUCUUCAAGCCUCCAAUCCAGAUAGCAUUUUCCUGAUCGACCACGCCUGGACGUACCGUGUUGAACAUGCCCAUCAGCAGCUGCUUCAUGUACCCGGUUUACUUCAUAGAAUGGCAAAUCUCAUGGGAAUUGACUUUCACGGAGAGAUCCCAGAUGAGGGCACUAUUGAGCAAGUGUUGCAGGAAAUGUGGAAAUACAAUCAGACCUACCAGCUUUCUCAAGGGACUGCAGAGGAGAAGGUUCCUGUCUGGUACAUUAUGGAUGAAUUUGGAUCGCGUAUUCAGCAUUCGGAUCAGCCUAGUUUUGCAACAGCACCUUUAUUUUAUAUGCCUCAACAAAUUGCUUACACUCUUCUCUGGCCCUUGAGAGACCUUGAAACUGGUGAUGAAGUGACUCGUGACUAUGCUUAUGGGGAAACUGACCGUUUAAUCAGGAAGUGUGUCUUGUUACCAUGGGUGCCUACUGAAGUGUUGGACAUCAACUGUUUUACCCCAGAGCCAUCAGAUGAGCAUUACCAGGCUAUUUUAACAGAAAACAAAGAGAAACUGCCUAUAGCAAUAAAGCCAUCAGUUUAUGAUGAAGACAAAGUUUUCAAGUACGUAUCUGCAAACAAAAUGCUUUUCCAGGUCCUCAACAACCUGACACAUCCCCGCUUUGUAUUCACAGACAACGAGGAAGAAGCAGACAUCCUCUACAACUUCUCCCACUUCAAAGACUAUAGGAAGUUAAGUGAGGAAAGGCCUCAGGUGAUGCUGAAUCAGUUCCCAUGUGAGAACCUCUUGACUGUCAAAGAUUGCCUGGCAUCCGUAUCUAGACGAGCUGGAGGACCAGACGGGCCAAGAUGGUUGCCUCGUACUUUCAACCUCCAAACAGAACUGCCCCAGUUCAUCAGCUACUUUCAGCAACGUGAAAGAAGAGGAGAAGACAAUCACUGGAUAUGCAAACCAUGGAACUUGGCCAGAAGCCUGGACACUCACAUCACCAACAGCCUUAACAAUAUCAUCAGGCACAGGGAAAGCAGCCCAAAGGUAGCGUGCAAAUAUAUUGAGAAUCCAGUCUUGUUUCACCGAGAAGACGUCGGAAUGGUUAAAUUUGACGUCCGUUAUGUUGUAUUGUUGAGGUCCAUAAAACCACUCAAGCUGUAUGUCUAUGAUGUAUUUUGGUUGCGCUUUUCAAAUCGGGCAUUUUCACUUGAUGACUUGCAUGACUACGAGAAGCAUUUCACUGUCAUGAACUAUGCUCCUGGUGUAAUGUUAAAACAGGUACACUGUGAAGAAUUUAUUCCUCUGUUUGAAAAACAAUAUCCAGAAUAUCCAUGGACAACAGUACAAGCAGAUAUUUUUAAGGCAUUUGCUGAAUUGUUCCAAGUUGCUUCAGCUAAACCUGCACCUCUUGGAAUCUGUGAUUAUCCAUCAUCAAGAGCAAUAUAUGCCAUUGACUUGAUGCUUAAGUGGGACACCAGCAGAGAUGGGAAAAAAACUAUGCAGCCUCAGAUCCUGGAGGUGAACUUUAAUCCUGACUGCGAUAGAGCCUGCAAGUACCACCCUACCUUUUUUAAUGAUGUCUUCAGCACCCUAUUUCUGGAUAAACCAGACAACUGCCAUGUGACAUGCAUUAUCUAAGCACAGGAGGCUUGACUCCAUUAAUAAUUUCCUUUACAGAGAUGCUUAACAGCAAUAUUUGUAUGUCAGUUCUAUGAGCUGCUUAUGCAAAUACCUUUCUAUACUGGUAACCCAGGAAAAAAAAGUCAUAUCAGAAAAAUAUGCAUAUACUAUAUUGAUAAUCAUUUUGUCUGUAUUUUCCUUGUCUUGCAUAGUUUUAUAUCAUCAGUUUGUGAUGACCAAAUGUCUUGUUUUAUUGAAUAUGGGAGACGACAAAAUAGAACGGUAACUGGAACAAUGGACUUGUUUCUCAGGUAGCCUAAACUCGUGUGUGCUGGGAAACAUUGUACAGCUUCUCUCUGUCAACAUUAAAAUUGUAAUUUACUGAAUCA